AAAACCAAAUCGUUUUACUGCACAAAGAUACCUUUCCCCUCUACCACUAGUUCAUGAUCUGAACUAGCUGGCUUAUCAGUUUCAUCCAACUUCACAGAGAAAAUCCACAUUUUGCAAUGACAUACCAUUUUCUUAGUACGACAAAGAAAACAAAUAUCCCCGGAAGACUUUGACUGAAGUGUGCACUCAUAUUCCCGAAGUCUUCAGUCCACCUUCUUCCGAUUUCAAUCUUGAUACAAGCAGGGCCGCAGAAUAAUAUAAUGGCAUUACAAAUGAAGCACAGAGGCCACAAUAUACCAAAAGAAAAGCCAUGAGAACUUCAGCAGCUUAUGAUAAGGUAUGCUCUGUAGUUUGCCUUAUCCUGUAUGUUCAUUUGAUUUCAUCACCAAAAUUUGCUUCUGCUUCUGCAUCUGCUUCUACGGAAACCAAUGCUCUUCUAAAAUGGAAAGCCAGCUUUCAAAAUCAAACCCAACCACAUAUUCUGACCUCAUGGACUUACCUUCCCAUUGCCACUAAUUCUUCCAGAGAUCAAAAAGCAAAUGCAGGCCCGUGUUUUUGGACUGGUAUUUCAUGCAAUGCUGCCGGAAGUAUCAGCAGAAUAAACCUUACCAAUUCCGGUAUACAAGGUACACUACAUGAAUUUUCAUUCUCAUCCUUCCCAAAUCUAGAAUACAUUGACCUCAGCAUAAAUAAGCUAUUCGGUGUCAUCCCACCACAAAUCAGCUCUCUCUCCAAACUCAUGUAUCUUGAUCUCUCCAAUAAUCAGUUGUCCGGGAGAAUCCCACAAGAAAUUGGUUUCCUCAUAAGCCUUCACACCCUACAGCUCAAAAAAAAUCAGUUGAAUGGGUCAAUUCCUCAAGAAAUAGGUCAGCUUAAGUCUCUUCUUGUUCUUAGUCUCAUAGAAAAUCGCCUCACUGGUCCUCUUCCGUUGUCAAUUGGUAAUUUAAGCAAGUUGGAGGUUCUAUACAUUCGGGACAACCAAGUCUCUGGCUCCAUUCCUCAUGUGAUAGGGAAUCUCAAGAAUCUGGUUGUGCUAAGAGUUGCCAGAAACAAUUUGACUGGUCAUUUGCCUCCGAAUCUCUGUCAAGGUGGGCGUCUUACUAAUUUCACUGCAAAUAGCAAUCGUCUGAUAGGUCCAAUCCCCAAAAGCCUGAAAAACUGCAGAACAUUAUACAGGGUCCGCCUUGAUAGAAACCAACUCACUGGAAACAUAUCUGAAGAUUUUGGUGAAUAUCCAAACUUGGAUUACAUAAAUCUAAGCGACAAUAGAUUUUACGGAGAACUUUCCCCGAAAUGGGGUAGAUCUCUGAAGCUAACAAAUCUUGAGAUUGCAGGCAACAAUGUUACUGGUACCAUUCCACCUGAGAUUGGAAACUUGACUCAGCUGCAAUUGCUUAAUCUUUCUUCAAAUCAUUUGGUGGGAAACAUGCCCGGAACUCUCUAUUGGUUUAUGAGUACCUUGAAACGAGUAGCUUGUUUUCAAUCUUGUGCAAUGAAGAAGAAGCUAAGAAAUUGGAUUGGAGUAAAAGGGUGACUAUCAUUAAAGGUGUAGCCCAUGGCUUAUCCUACAUGCACAAUGAUGUGUCCCCGCCAAUCGUUCAUCGAGACAUGUCCAGCAAGAACAUUUUGCUAGACGCCGACUAUGAGGCUCACAUCUCAGACUUUGGCACUGCCAAGCUUCUAGAGCAUGACUCAUCUAAUUGGACUGCCGUUGCAGGCACAGUUGGUUACAUAGCACCAGAGCUGGCUUACACAAUGAAAGUGACGGAGAAAUGUGACGUGUAUAGCUUCGGUGUGUUGGCACUUGAAGUGAUUAAAGGGAAGUACCCUAGCAAUCUAGUUCGAUUACCCUUAUCACCUGCAACCAGGGAAGCCAAAAUGUGGGAGGAUAUGUGGGACGAUCGCCUUGAACCUCCCACGGGUAAAGUUCUGGAUGAAGUUGUCACUAUUUUAACACUAGCAAUCGCAUGCUUACACGAAAACCCACAGUUUAGGCCUACUAUGUAUGAAGUUUCCAGAUUAUAACAAUGCCAAUCCUCCAUAGCUCAAAUUUAUGAUUAAUUACACAACUUACAUCUAUAUUGUA